CGUUUGCUCGCUUAUCCAGAGAGGCAGUCACUCAACAUCACUGCGCGAUUGCGCAGCGUUGAGAAAGCGAACCUGCUCAAAAACUUCGACGGGAUGACUGUGAUCGGCCCCUACUCCGACUUGGACAAGCUCGAGGCCGCGGCGUCCACCGCGAACGUCUGUUCUCGAUAUCGUAAGACUUAUUGCAUUUCAAAAAUUGAAUGCCGGCUGAUCAUGGGCCGAGUCGGCUCAAAGCAAAGGCACGCCGAAACAAGAAAGCAACCGAUCCUCAUUCACACUGUACGUGGAACGCUGUUCCUGCAACAGGUACUCCCACUUACACCCAUCAUAGCCAUCAUACUCGAUAACGCACAAGGAAAGGUUGCUAGCGACGAUCCAGGAACCCCGCGCAGAAACGUGGACAUGGCUAUCGUGAGCCAGCAAGGAAGGAUACGCGUGCACAUCGUAGUCCCGCCGGCCAUCUUCGGGCGCGUCACUGGCCCCUUGUCCGAGAACGGCACCUGCAUCUCGCGCUCAAUCCACAUACCCGCCCUCAUCCAAGUAGCGUGGCACCGCAAGGCCAGCGGACUCUUGGGCGAAGGCAAGAACCGUUGG